AUCGCUUUUGUCUCCGGCACGGCGAGCGGCGCAGGGGCUCGGUGCUGCGGCUGCCGGAGCCCCCCGCUCCCCGCUCCGCUCCCGCAGGCACCGCGGCGGCGGCGCCGGGCUCCGAGGCUCCGCGCCGGGGAGCGGGCAGCUCGCCGGCUUCUCAUUUCCCCCGCCCUCCGCUUCUCUUGGUGUUAUUUCUGCCUUUUCGGCGUAGAGGAUCCCCCACACGCACGCACGCUGCCCCUCGCCCGAGGUCUCUUUGGGUCCAGCUGGAAUUCGCGACGCUCCCGGGGAUUUUCCCACCCAAGCUGGGGUCUAUGAGCGGGAAGGUGAUCAAGCCCAAAGAAGAGAAAGAUGCUUCCAAGGUUAUGGAUGACGCUCCCCCUGGCACACAGGAAUACAUUAUGUUACGGCAAGAUUCCAUCCAAUCUGCGGAAUUAAAGAAAAAAGAGUCCCCUUUUCGUGCUAAGUGUCACGAAAUCUUCUGCUGCCCACUGAAGCAAGUGCACCUCAAAGAGAACACAGAGCCGGAAGAGCCUCAGCUUAAAGGUAUAGUAACAAAGCUCUACAGCAGGCAAGGAUACCACUUGCAGUUGCAAGCAGAUGGAACAAUUGAUGGAACAAAAGAGGAAGACAGUAGUUAUACUUUGUUUAACCUCAUACCUGUGGGUUUACGAGUGGUGGCGAUUCAAGGGGUUCAAACAAAAUUGUAUCUGGCAAUGAACAGUGAAGGAUACCUAUACACAUCAGAACAUUUUACACCUGAAUGCAAGUUCAAAGAAUCGGUAUUUGAAAACUACUAUGUGACAUAUUCCUCAAUGAUCUACAGACAGCAACAGUCUGGCCGGGGUUGGUAUUUGGGUCUUAACAAAGAAGGAGAAAUAAUGAAAGGAAACCACGUGAAGAAAAAUAAACCUGCAGCACAUUUUCUUCCAAAACCCUUAAAAGUGGCCAUGUACAAAGAGCCUUCCCUCCACGAUCUCACAGAGUUCUCCAGGUCUGGAAGUGGGACCCCAACAAAAAGCAGAAGUGUUUCAGGAGUGCUAAAUGGGGGUAAAUCCAUGAGCCAAAACGAGUCAACGUAGCCAGGUUCAGGCCAGCCAAGUGCUCUCUAAACAGAACCUUACCUCUGGAUGCAGUUGAAUUCUUACUCACAGUCUUUCAUCCAACCCUCCAAUUGCCCAGGACAAGCCACUGAACUCACAUAGGUCACCCAUUUAUUAGCCAUUAGAUCUACUGGUUGUCAGAGGAUAAACCCCAGGCAUGUAGAAUAUGCUUGUGCAUAUCACAAGGCAGUUGGAUAGCAGCAAACACAACUGUGGGAAAAUCUCCAAGAAGAAAUGUCCAGUUCUUUCUCUCUCUCACUUUUUCUUUCUCUCUUUCUCUCUCUCUCCUAUGCUUUCUGGAAAAUGAAACAAAAACAUUUCACAGCAUUCACUACUGAUAAGAAUUUGCUUUCCAACUCAGAAAAAGACCACUUUUACUCUUCAAAGGAAAUUUUAAUGCUUGUAUGUUUUAUAGGGGCAAACAAAAAACAAAUACGUAAACUCUGUUGUUUCCUUGGCUUACCGUUUUAUAUCUAAGGCUUGAUUAAAAAAAAUGUAUCCUUUAAUUUGGAAUAGUGCAACUUUUUGAUUUCUGAACUCCAAUGGGUCUUUAAAGCUUUGUCUUUAAAAAAAUAAUGCAAAAUUCAGGGUUGGAACUGAGAGUCGGUGUCUCAGGCUCAAGCAAACAGUGUUCUUGUGGUUUUAAACACAAUGAAAUAUAAAUUUUUAUAGAUUUGUAGUUUCUGGUAAAGUUCUCGUGCUAACCCCAGUCUGUAGGAAUUGAGUUGUUUUGUUAUCCCAAGUGGAAGUUAACAGAAAGGGAUAAAAUUAUCCUCCAGUGUAGAUUUCUCUUAAUUCCAUUUUGUGUGUCAUGUUAAACUAUCGUUGUGGCUUCUUUUCUAAAGACAGAAACUGUGGAAUUAAGGUGAUAUAAUUUUUUUAUAAGAAACGUCUUAUUUGUAAAAGUCCUUUCACUGUAAUGGGCACGUGAAUAUUGUGUAGGAGGAAGCGUUAGGACAGGUUACCCCUAAACAACAUAUACUUAUACAUGCUAUUGGAAACAAUUGUUUAAAAAAUGUAGUUAGGUUUCCAUUUAGGUCAUCAUGUCUGUUGCAUGGGAGAAAGUUGGAAUAUUGGCAUAGAGUUGCAUGAUGUGUAAGAUUUUGUGCAUUAAUCAUCGUUGGAUUCUGUGCUCCAAAACUGAAUUAGUUUUGUACAGGCAGCUUUCUGCCUGGUACAAAAAAGUUGUUUAUUAUUUGUUGUAUACACAACCAUGCACUGAAUAAACUAUUUAUAUUAAGAUGUACUUUUUAAAAAAGCUUGUUUGAUUAUAUGCUGUAUAUCCAUGAUUAAUUUGAAGGGAAAAGGGUUGGCAAUUAAGUUAUAAAGUUACUAAAGAUACUGUAAUUAAUGUUCAAAAUCUUUCUGUGUGAUGUUCAUCCUCUGUAAUGCCAUACAUACACAAAUUCAAACAUUCUUUGCUUAUGGGGAUUGCCAGAACUGGUCUUGCGUACCCAGCUGAGAUACUCAAACACAGCCAUGCUCUGGUGUGACCAAGCCUUGGGAGUGAGCGCUGUGCAGUGCUGUGCAGUGCUGUGCAGUGCUGUGCAGUGCUGUGCAGUGCUGUGCUGCUGGGGCCCUGAGCUGCACCUCUGUGCCCUGAGCCUGGCACAGGCUCCAGGAGCUCUGGCAGCUCCAGCCCUGCUGAGCACCUGGGGGAUGCUCAGCAUUUGCUGGGCAUCCCUGCAGGUGCAUUUAGCAGCCAGCUUCAUCUGACCUCGAGGAAAAAGGCUCCCAUACCUUUGCUCUGGAGGGAAAACACCCCUCUCUCCCACCUUUUCCCUCUGGAAUCAUCCAGGAAAGCUUUUCUCAUCUGCAGCACCCAGGCAGCUCUGACAGGUGAGCUUCUCAUGUCAAGGAGUUCCAAGAAGUCCUAGGAGGGACAAGUUUUCAUUGUGGGUGGCUGAAGAAACAGUUCUGGAAGACAAUAAUGGAAAUGGAAGCAAAAAUCUACUGCCAAAUGUUAGGCUGAAAAUCAAAAUGAGACAUUCUGUUGUCUGCUCUGUGUUCCUCCCACCUGACUGAGCUGGAAUUAAACCAGCACUAAGGUCAGGGCUCAGAGAGAAGGGAAGGAGAUUGUUUCAGAUCAAACCCCCAGAUAUGUUGUUUCAUGGCAAAUAGUAAGUGAAGAGCUGUGGCCUGCUCUUAGGGCCUGGACUUCUCCAGCUUUUUCAUAGGGUGAAAAAAGUGAGAGCACAUCCAGAGCCGCAGAAAUCCUUAGAAAACGGAAGAUGUGGUCAUGAUUGCUCCAGAGGUUUUGAUAACCCAGUGGGUCUGGAUCAUCUCUUCCCUUCAACUAAAUGUGGGAUGUCCUUGGGGAACAUUUUUCUUAACCCUCCCAUCCCCCAACAUCAAACUCACUUGGGUACAUGUUCCAAAAAAGGAGUCUGAGUGCCUUAGGAGCAUCAAGCCUGAUUUUAAAAUAGGUAUAUUUGUAGCAAAGCUAGUUCAGUGCUGGGUGUUUACUACCCUAGAGAUAACUGGAGCUCUGCUGCUUUGCUUUAUGGCUCCAGUAUUCCUGUUAUUCUCCAUCCCCAGUACCCUCAACCCUGGAGCUCAUCUGUAGUAGAAGGGAAAUUCUUGUCUCACAAAUCUCCCUUCUGAGCUCUGCAGUCUGACCCAUCUUUUGUGAUGAUGUUGGUGUCAGCUGUGAGCAUUUGCUGCCAGAUCUCUUGUUCCAAACUUUCUGAUGUACCAAACUAACACAGGCUACUCUUGGAUGCAGAUGAGGAGAGAGAUGUGGUGAUAUAUGAGCCAGAACAGAUGUUUCUGACAAUUACAUUACAUUUCUGGCAAACCUAGUCCAACGAUAUUUUGUCCUUCAGAUUACUGAGGACUGAAAGGGUAAUAAUCCUGAUAGAGUGCUGAUAGUAGACGAGAGGUUAUGUACCCUAUGAGCAAAAUGAGGGAUCAUACCCAGGAUUUUACCUGUAGUCUCUGGAGCCAUAAUUAGGAUUUAAUAAGGAAAGUUAGAUUUAAAUGUGACUUUAGACAGUGAGUGAAGGUAAUAUUCUGCCUCAAAGUUAAGACAAGAAUGUGGCUUCAUCAGAGGACCAGACUGAGGAAUCAAUCCAGAAUAUUUAUCUCAGCACCCAUAAAUUAGAAAGUUACACAUAUUUUCUUCUGGGUAACACUUCCUUUAAGAAACCUGCUAGAUGUUAGGCAAGUGUCUAACUGGACUUCUCUUUCAAAAGUUAGAGGCACUGGUGAAGCUGCUCUGCUCUGCCACAGUGCAGUGGCAGAGUGCAGGAGAUGCACACUUGCAGUGAGGAAAAGCCAUGGGGCUGCCCUAGAUCUGAGCCCUAAGCUCCUGUGGACCACUGACCACCUGCAGGACAGGGUUUUGGGCCCUCCUGGCACUGCCAAGGGCUGGGGAUAUUUUUCACUUUCCAAUCCUGUGCCUGCCCCUCCAGCAGGGCUGCCCAUAGGCCUGGAGCUGCUCAGGAGGUGCCACCCCCUCCCAGCAGCUUCUGACACACUUGGGCUUCACCUGGCAGGGCCCCAAGGCACUGCAGGGCUGUGCAGAAAGAUGCCAGCCCAAAGGAAAAAGGGCAACCCUGAGGCUGGCAGGAGCUCAGCUCUCACCAGGCACAACUACUGCCUUUGGUGAUCACCUGGCAGAGCUGCUUCCUCAGAGGUCUUUGCAGGUGCUCAGACACUGCAGCUUGGCCUGGUUGGGCGGUGAGUGAGAGCAGGAAGAGCUCUUCUCUGUAUCACAGAGAUGUUUGUUUCUUCUUUUCCUCCUUUGUUUGAUUUACCUCAUGCUACCUCAUAGCAUGGUUGUAUCUCCGUAGCCUCUUGCUCGAGCACGUUCAUCGCUGGCAUGAUGGAAGCCAAUUUCCUGCCUGAGGAAUUACCCCCAGCUGAGCCCAGGAAGAGCAGUGCCCUUCCUGCUGUCCCCAGCACCUUUCCCGGGGGAUGCAGGUGGUGUGACAAGCUCAGGGAUCCUGUGGUACCCAGGCUUUCCCCAGCUGAGCCCCAGAGUGCAGCCAGGCCUGGCAGAGCUCUGCUGUGUCUUGAGUAUCUCUGUGUGGAGAGUAGGGCCAGUUCAACGGCUUUUAAGGUCUCUCUGAUAUAUCCUUGACCAGGACACUUUUGCAGGACAGAAUCUGUAUGUAACAACUUCCUGUCUUCUAAUAAAUA